AUGGCUUCUUCUGAAAACUUUGAAUUUGACGAGGCCAUGAAACUAGCUCGGGCCCGUCCCAGACUCUCCGUUUCCGCCGAAGUAUUCGGGGAUAACCAUAGCAAGUCAAAGGUCGUGAUCCCCAACUAUGAGAAAACUCCUCAAGAACAGGCCAAGAUCAUGGAAAUGAUUAAGCGCUGUUUCCUAUUUUCUGGUGUUAAUUCGUCUGGUUUGGAUCUCCUGGUCAAGGCUUUUGACUUCAAAACAGCAAACCCCGGAGAUGUCCUGAUUAAGCAAGGAGAUGACGGAGAUAAACUGUACCUGAUUGAAUCAGGAACAGUUGAAGUGACUCGCAAAAACGCCACAGGCCAGGAAGAAUUUCUGUGUAAUCUAACUGCCGGAGACUACUUUGGGGAGUUGGCCUUGAUGUAUAAUUCUCCUAGGGCCGCAACUGUUGUCGCAAAGACUGAAAUGCACCUGUGGACCCUGGACAGGACCACCUUCAACCACGUGGUUAGAAUGGCGGUCAUCAAGAAGAGGGAGAAGUAUGACUCAAUUCUCUCAAAACUCGACCUCUUCAAGAAAGUAAACCCAUAUGACCGAUGCAGACUAGCUGACGCACUAGUGGAGAGGACAUUUGAGGAUGAAACCGUAAUCAAACAAGGCGAGCCGGGCUCAAGUCUCUUCAUGGUCCUGGAAGGACAGGCUGAGUCUUUCGUCGAGAACAAGCUUGUCAAGUCAUACAACCCAGGCGACUACUUUGGAGAGAUUGGAUUCAUACUAAAGAAGCCUAGAGCCUCAACGGUUAAGGCAAAGGGGAAAUGUUUGUUUGUUGAGUUGGAGAGGGAGAAUUUCAUUAACCUGCUCGGGCCCAUGGAGGACGUGCUGAACAAGAACAUCAAGAACUACAAGAAGGUGCUUGAGGAGCUGAAACUGGAAAACAAACAUCUAAAAUCGCUCUAA